AUGGACUGCUCCUUCCCCUUCAGUCCUGCCACACGGCGCUCACUGCAGCUGGACGAGGAGCAGGGGGAUCACUGGAAGCGCUCUCAGCGUGUGAGGCCCUGGUGCCACCGUGGUGGGCACAGCUUGAGCAGUGUGGGCCAGGGAUGCCAGGACAGCCGCUUGGAGCCACUGGAGUGUCGGGACCUGCUGGUCCAGAAUGCACUCUUCACUGGGGACCUGGAGAUGGUGCAGAAGUUCUUCCCCAAGAAUGCAGCCAUCAACCUCGUCAUUGAGGCCAGGGGCGAGGAGCUGCGCUGGACUUGCAGGAAGCUCGGGCUCUGGUCGCUGAGCUACGAGCAGGAGCUGACCACGCCGCUGCACAUCACGGCCAGCCGGGGCUACACCGCCUGCCUGCGGCUGCUGCUCCUCCGCGGCGCUGCCGUCGACUUCGCUCCCGGCGGCCGCACGGCGCUACAUGAAGCCUGCAGGGCCGCCCGCGCCGAGUGCCUGCAGCUGCUGCUCGGUUUCGGCGCCGACGCUCAGGCCGUCUCGGAGGAUGGAUACCAGCCCCUGCACCUCUGCAAAAGUCCAGACUCCAUCGAGUGUGUCCAGCAGCUGCUGCAGCAUGGUGCCUGUGUGAACAGCCGCACCGAGGAGGAAGGUGACACAGCGCUGCAUAUAGCAGCCCGGCAUGGCUUAACAGAGCACGUCCGGCUGCUCCUGCGCCACGGGGCAGAGCUGGAGGCAGAGAACCAGGAGGGGCAGACACCGCUGAACGCUGCCUGUGCUCAGCCCCAUCAGCCCCAGGACAUGGGCCGUUACUACCAGGUCUGCCAGCUGCUGGUAGAGAGCGGUGCCAGCAUCAAUGCUGCAGACAAGGACCGUCAGCACCCGCUCCACCUGGCCUGCAAGAACUCCAAUGCUCAAGUCGUGGAGUUACUGCUGGCUGAGGGUGCAAAUGUCAAUGUCAUGAACUACAGCGGGAACAUGGCUCUGCACAAUGUCCUGCAAACAGCACCCUACAAGCUGGAGCACCAUCCAGAGCUCGUGGUGCAAGCCUUGCUCAACCAUGGCGCUGUCCGUGUCUGGCCUGGCUCCCUCCUCAAGGUGCUGCGGCACUGCCAUAGCUGCCCGCGUGUCAUGGAGGCCCUGAUGAACAGCUACGAGCAUGUGCGCGUCUCUGAGGACUGGGUGGAAGCGGUGCCAGAUGAAGUUGUGCAGAAAUACCCACGUUUCUACCAGUCACUGUUCUCCCUGGAGCACAGACCUCGCUCUCUGCAGCACCUGGCUCGCUGCACACUCAGGACCUUCCUGGAGGGCCGUUUGCUUCUGGUCCUUCCUCAGCUGCACCUGCCAAAGGCCUUGCACCAGUUCCUGCUGCUCGGCUUUGAGGAUAUUCUCUACUAA